UCCUUCUUUCAAUCCGAUUUGACUCAGCUCCCUUGUUGUUUAAAGGCGUUUUUUUUUUUGCUUCUUCCCUCUCGUUCGUUUUGAUGGCGUAUACUUCGUACCGAACCGGAGGCGAUUCCUUCUACAGCGGUGCCGCUUCUUACCGAUCAAGGGAGGGUUUAAGCACAAGACCGGUGGCUAGCUCCGAUGAAAUUCAAUUGCGGAUUGAUCCGAUGCAUGGUGAUUUAGACGAUGAGAUCUUCGGUCUCCGUAGCCAAGUUGCUCAAGAGAUAGGAUCAGAAACCAAAUUUCAGAAGGACUUUCUAGAUCAGCUGACAAGGAGGCAGGGUUCUAUUGGCCAUUGAGUUGGUAUUGCUCAGCCUUAAUGUGAAGGAUAACCAGGAAGCCUUUCUUGAGGAUUAACCCCAUCUUGUUCCGAACUGUUAUGUACAGUGAUAUCUUUUUAUCAUCCCUGCUUUGUUAAGUUCAUUUAUUCACGUGCAUUCAAAAUAAAUUCUAUCAGUUUAUUGUCUUAAAUGGUGGUUUUCUGUCGAUGAUAACAUGGAAUUACUUGAUUUUCCUGUCAUUCAUAUUUGGGGGGAAAAGAUGUUUCAUCUUUUUGCUGCUUCCUGAAUGUGUAAUCUUAAUUUAUGACGGCAAAUGACAAUGAUUAAAGCUCAAGCAGGGGUAAAGAACAACAUUAGGAAACUGAAGAAGAGUAUAAUCGAGCAUGGCUCUAACCAUAUUGUUCAUGUGGUUCUUUUUGCACUGUUGUGCUUCUUUGUUGUCUAUAUGUGGUCCAAGUUGUCCAGAAGAUGAAGCUUGGGAGACUGCUAAAUAGAUGUUUGCGUCGAUGAUGGAAAAUAGUGCCAAAAUGUCGAUGUUGCUAUCGGUUUAUGUAUAGGUGGUUGGCUGUGUACUACUUUAUGUUUUGUCUGCAGCCUU